CCAUCCCCUCUAUUAAAGGAGUGGAUAGCCUUGGCCAUUUCAUUAUCCGCCUUUUCCUUUUGCCAUUAUCAACAGAAAGUUGAGUUAUUUUACGCAAUACUUUUGAGAUAUAGAUUCAAGGAUAGUCCCCUCUGCCAGAUUUGUGCUUAUCAUAACGGUUUAAACAGAACAGAGCUUCAAUAAAUAGGGAAUUCUUCUCCUCUUUUCUUUGAAUUCUUGAAAGAUAAUUAUUUUAUUUACCAUGCAAAUCAAGAAAUUGGUUUCUCAGACAUCUCGUACAGGAAGACAUUUGCAGCGCUAUAAUCAGGGCUGUCGCCUUGUUGUUGGAUGUAUUCCAUACAGAAUCAGGAAAACUAACACAUCAUCCCAAAAUGAUGAAUUAGAAGUUCUUUUGAUCAGUUCUCAAAAGAAUUCAAGCAUGAUGUUCCCUAAGGGUGGUUGGGAAAUUGAUGAGGAUAUAGAAUUAGCAGCUUCACGCGAAACCCUGGAAGAAGCUGGUGUAAUCGGCUUGCUCGGGGAUAAAUUAGGUGAAUGGAUUUUUAAAAGCAAAAAGCAAGACAAGUUUCAUGAGGGAUCCAUGUUUUCCCUGUUAGUCACCGAGGAAUUGGAUGUUUGGCCAGAGAAAAAUGUCCGUCAACGGAAAUGGAUGACUGUUAAUGAAGCUAGAGAAGUGUGUGCACAUUCGUGGAUGAAGGAAGCUUUAAAUGCAUUUGCUCGUCAAUUCUUGCUUCUGCAGAGUUGCAAGGACGAAUCUGUGGCGUCCUGCAGAGCUGAAGAACAAAGAGCGAGUAUCGAAGAUCAAGUUGUUGAAGAGAAAGUCGAUUGUUACUUAGUUGAUGGCUGGGCUAGUCAUCUAGUCUCGUGUUCUAAUUGAGGAAUGAGAAUGGAUAAGAGGCUCGUGUGAUUACAGUAGUUGAUGGCCGGGAUAUCCAUCUAAGCCCACUGUCCAGUUUCGUGGAUUGCAACUUAUCCUCGUGGGAUUACCAUAGUUGAUGGCCGGGAUAUCCAAGCCCAAGGUCCAAUUUCGAGGAUUGCAACCUGUCGAGCUACCGCAACAGGAAUGGCUUGAAAAUUUUAGUAGAGAAAAUAGAGAAAGAAGGGGGUAGUAGAGAAGAUGUACAGUGUGAUCUCUAGUUUAUUCUUUGAAUGAAUCGAAUAUGUUCUUCGUUGUUGGUUUCAGUGUUGAUUCCAUGCUUGAUUCUUAUUUGUGGAGUACAUUGUAAUUCUAAAGGAACUUACAUAAUGCACACCAAUACUGAAUGAUCAGAAGGUGUUUGUGUUCAACUGAUGCAGAUAAUUUCAAGUUGUGGUGUAACUCGUAAAAUAAUGUAAAUUGUCUUAACCUUUUAAA